AUGGAAGACUCAGACAGAUUCAACAGUGCGGAACUGUUGCAACUAGCCGAUUCCAUCCAACGAGUGUUUUGUUUGAGCGAUUUGCACACGGAUCAUCCCGACAAUCAGAAAUGGCUGCACGAGCACAUGGACCAUGGCAAUUUCAAUCGCGACACCGAUUUGAUUAUUGUGGCGGGAGAUAUCAGUCACGACAUGACGGACACUUUUGUGAAAUCCAUGUCGAUACUGACAGAGCAUGCUCAAGUGUUGUUUGUCCCGGGCAACCACGAAGCCUGGAUCGAUCGAAAACACGCUCCAAAAUCGACAUCUUUUGACAAACUACGACAAGUCUAUGACGUGUGCGAACAAAUGGGGGUCUACACACAAUCCCUCCUUGUGGGAGCCAACAGUCCUCAUCCGCUCUGGAUUGUACCGUUGGAAUCCUGGUACGAUGGGACACUGUCCUUUCGAGAAUCCCUCUGUCAUGACUUUCAAUAUUGGCCUUGGGCUGACUUUAAACGAUGUGUCUGGGAGGGAUAUCCACCCGUGGAGGAGGAUACAGAUACAGAAUUGGAGAAUCCAGGACAAUUGCCAAUGGGAUUGGUGGAACACUUUCUGGCCAAGAACGAACCCUUGUUCCUGAACAAUCCCUUUCCCAAUAAUAUCGCGGUCGCAAACACUGCAAACAACCACAAAGAACCGCAAUCGACGGGAAUCCUGACGGUAUCCCACUUUUUACCCAACGUACAGUCAUUGCCCGAUUGGAAAGACUUGGACCGCGCCGAGUUUGACGAUGCGUGGUUCGAUCAUGGCGCCGGAGGUAUGAGUGCCAAAUUUGCCAAAGUGGCCGGAAGUGCCCUGCUGGAUGAUCAAAUACGACGUCUCUUGCCGUCUCCCACUGAUGAUGACUUGGCCAGUAAUAAAAAACGCAACAUUCACAUUUUUGGACACUCGCAUCGCCCCAAAGACUUUGUCUACGAGGGAAUUCGGUACAUUCACAAUCCUUUGGGGAAACCGAGGGAACGACAACUCUACAUGGUAUCGCCACAAGUCGAUUUUCAACUGGUAUGGGAUACUCAAUCUACGGGAGAAGUACCGGCGGUUACCACGGUGAUUCGAUUGUGGGAAGAACAAGGUGGUGGAUUGCCGGCAUUGGAACGACGACUCGCGUCCGUCAAACCACGAGGACGAUACAAUCGAUUCAAGGGGAGUAGAUAUAACAACGCCAAGACCAAGACACAACAACCAAAAGAACAACAAGUUGUGGAACAACAACCGCAACAACCGCAAGCCAAUGCCACGACGAUACCCACGGAAUAA